ACUCUGUUAUUUUUCUUUAUAAAAAUAAAACUUUUUUUGUGUGCAAUUUGGUGAAAAUAAAAUUUUUUGAUGUCGAAUACAAUAAUAAAUAAUAUUAAAAUGUGUUAAAAAAUAACAAUAAUAAAGCGAUCGACAAAACCUACAACAUUAUAAGUUGUACUCAUGUAGGAAUCAUAAUUUAACAACAACUAAUCCCGUCAAAAAAUUGUAGAAAUUGGAAUACUAUUUAUCUUUUUUACUAAGAGAAAAAAAUAUAGCUUAAAAAAAGUAAUAGAAAUAAUGAUUAAACAAUUUCAAUAACUGUAUAGUAGUCGUAAUUUUAAUCAAAAAUAAUAAAAUGUUUUAAUGGAAAAACUAAUAAUAACAUUUCAAUUUAGUGAAACACAGAGUUAUUUUAAGUUUUUGUUUUUUAUUGGAUUUUUUUACUCAAUGUGCAUAAUUUUUGAUUUAUUAUCUUAAGAUAGUACAAAAUCUACCACUUUCCCCCUAAAUACCUUUGUAUGAAUAAGUGAUAAUAGUGAAAGAAAACGCCACCUUGACGCACGAUCUACCAAUAAGAUUAUAUAGCUGCCCAAUAACAAAAACAACAACAACCGCAACAUCAACGGAACCUCAACUCAACCCUCAACACCAAUAUCGGUGACCAUGAGCAACUUUGAACGUAAAAAGACUACGCCCUGUGCGGGCUGCAUGCAGGCUAUUAAAUGGGUACCAGUCAUAUUUAUAGCUUCCGUCAUUGUCUGGUCCUACUAUGCCUAUGUGGUACAAUUAUGUAUACUUGCCAUUGAAAACACAUUUGAAAAAAUAGUAUUCCUUAUAUUCUAUCACAUCAUUUGUGUAUUAUUCUUUUGGUCCUAUUGGAGUACGGUUUUUACACCAGUAGGCAUAGUACCUUCUAAUUGGCGCAUACCAGAAUCAGAAAUAGAGAGACUUUUUAGAGCAGAAAGUCAAGAGCAACAGAAACGAAUCUUGGAAAAUUUCGCUAAAGAUUUACCAGUAACAAAUCGCACACUAAAUGGCUCGGUACGCUUUUGUGAUAAAUGCAAAAUUAUUAAGCCCGAUCGGGCACAUCAUUGUAGUGUUUGCGGUACAUGUGUUCUAAAAAUGGAUCACCAUUGUCCCUGGGUAAAUAAUUGUGUAAAUUUUACCAAUUAUAAAUUUUUUGUCUUGUUCCUCGGUUAUGCACUACUAUACUGCCUCUAUGUGGCCUUAACAUCGUUGGAGUACUUUAUACGCUUUUGGAGGGGUGAACUGACCUCAGGCAUGGGACGUUUUCAUAUAUUGUUUUUAUUUUUUGUUUCCAUAAUGUUUGCCAUUAGUUUGGUCAGCUUAUUUGGUUAUCACAUCUAUUUGGUAUUGAUGAAUCGUACUACACUGGAAGCUUUUCGUGCUCCCAUAUUUCGUAUUGGUGGUGCGGAUAAAAACGGUUUUAAUUUAGGCAAAUAUGCCAAUUUUCAAGAAGUUUUUGGUGAUAAUUGGAAGUUAUGGUUUUUACCAGUUUAUACCAGUAUGGGUGAUGGUCGGCAAUAUCCAACGUCAAAUCAACAACAUUUAAGUCCCACAUCGUACCAUUCAAUGGAUGAUACAAGAAACCGUCCAGAACUACAGCCCACAGAUAAACUAAUCAAUACUGCCACAACAGAUGCAUUAAUGACCUCUCCUAAAAAUGACGAUCAACAUCUGUCAACAAUUGUUAUUGAUAUGAAUCAUGAUCAACAUGAUCUCAACAAUUCUAAUGGUGGUGUUGUUGGUGGCGAAGGUGUUGUUACACCUAAUGGCAAUGUUAUCCUUAAUAUGGAUAUGUUAAAUGCUAACAAUACAACGAAUUUUGAUACAAACAGUAAUUCAACAGCUGUAAAUAAUGUUGUUGAAAUACAUGCCAGAACAUGAAAUUAGUUAUUUUUUUUGUUUUUGUUUAAGAAAAAUUAAAACUAAAUUUAACUUUGUGCAUUUAUAAUGAACGAUUAGAGUGUUAUUAUAACGGUAACAUAACAUUUUUUGAUUUUAGUUUUGUUUUUUUUAUUAUUAUCAUAAUUUUACUGUACACACUUAUAAAGCUUUCUAAAGUAGUUGCUAAAAAAAUAACGAUUUUUUUUAAUUUAUAAGUAUUUUCCCCCUUUUUUACCAUUUUGUAAUGUAACCUUUCCAAACUUUCUAUUAUCAUUAUGCAUUUUUUAUCAUUAAUGUCUUAAUUUAUCAUUUAUAAACAUAUUUUAUUUAAAUAUGAACAUAAAUAGUUUUUUUUUUUCAUUUUUAAGCAGCUUUUAAAUUACAUAUUUUUAAUAAAAAUUAUAUUAAUUUCAUUUUAAAACAAGUAUGUAAUAGGAAUAUGUAUGUAUGAGUACAUACUUGCAUAUCCUUUAUCAAGGUAUGUAAAAAAGGAACGAUUGGUAAAUAAUUUUGAAAAUAUUGCCUUAAUAAACAGAAGUGGCAAUUUAGAUUUCAAAAUGGGUCCAGUUUAGGUGUAAUAUGGGCGCAUAACAAUAUUGUAUUGCUCUUUAAGAACCCAAUAAAUUGAUUUGCAAUAAAAGAUCGAAGUCAUAUAUAUUCAAAUAUAUAUGUUUUUAAAAGUGAUAUAUUUAUGGAUCUACAACCACAUCACCUUGGUGGACAAAAAAAAGCAUUUCCAAGCUCUUUAUAAACUACAAAGAUGUAAGUUUUAAGAGUUAAGACUGUAUUGAGAUUGUUUUUCGGGACCAAAACAAAUACAUACUUGUUUUAUUACUAUUUUUUUAUUGAGAAUGAAAAUUAAUUGUUUUAUUUUAUAGUUAGUUAUUGUAGUAAUAAAAGAUUAUAAUAAUUGUCACACUGUAAUUAAAUAGUAAACUUAUUUUCUUGUAAUUUGUUUAAAUAGAGUAUUAAUUAUAAAAUGAAACAGCAUGUUAAUUAAUUUUUGGCAAUACAUUUUUUUACACAUACCUAUAGGUAAUAAUAAAUA